AUGUCGGUUCAGCAAUGGGUAACUCCACUCAAGGGCCUUGAAAGCCUCCGGCGGACAGAGGCCCCAAUGCCGGCGCCCGGAACUGGCGAGGUCCUCGUAGAGAUUCACGCCGUGUCUCUGAACUACCGCGAUGUGGAAGUGACCAAAGGUGAAUACAAGCACCAUAAGAGUGCCGAGCAAGAUGCGACCAUUGUCCCCUGCUCGGAUAUGUGCGGAGUGAUCAUCCAGGUGGGCUCCGGCGUGACCCAAUGGGCUGUGGGCGACCGCGUACUGUCGACCUUUUUGCCCGAACAUCAGACAGGCCAGGUUACAGAGAAAGAGCUGGCAGGCAGCGUCGGACUCCCCCUCGAUGGUGUUCUGGCGACGCAUAGGGUCUUCCCGGCACAUGGCUUGGUAAAGGCCCCCAGCUACCUGUCAGACGAGGAAGCUUGCACAUUGCCCAUCGCGGCGGUUACGGCAUGGAUGUCAAUCAAUGGAAUGCGGCCGAUGGGCCAGAGUGGCGGAAAGGGCGAGUAUAUCCUCCUGCAGGGCACAGGGGGUGUGGCUAUCUCGGGAUUGCAAAUUGGAAAGGCUGCGGGUGCAAAGGUAAUUAUCACAUCUUCGUCCGACGCGAAGUUGGAACAGGCUACGCAGCUCGGUGCCGAUUACACCAUCAACUACCGGACGACACCUGACUGGGAAACCAAUGUCAUGCAAUACACGGAUAAUCAUGGUGCGGAUAUUAUUCUCGAGACGGGUGGAGCGCAGACCCUCCGGAAAAGCUUUGAUUGUAUCGCCUUUGGCGGUCUCAUUGACUGUAUCGGCUACGUAUCCGGCAAGGUGGAUGCGGAAGAUGAUCGGUUGAAUGUGAACAUCCUGGCGCUGCGCCGCACGGUGACCCUCAAGGGCAUCAUCAAUGGACCCAAGGACCGAUUUGAGGAAAUGAUCCAGUUCUACGAGGCGCAUCAGAUCCACCCGGUGGUCAAUCAAGUCUUCUCCUUUGCAGAGUCCCGGGAGGCCUUCCAGUUCGUGGAGAGCGGCAGCCAUUUUGGCAAGGUGGUCAUCAAAGUCCAGUAG